UUCCAACAGGAAGUUCCGCUCUGGAAUUCUUCAUCUUGCGGCCGCGAGCUUCUCCCCAAGACAUUCCUCAAGUGUGAGUUUGUUCCUCCUGUUUUCCCACGUAUGCGUGGGCUGGGAGGGGUGGAAACCUGGCUCCAGAAAAACACGGGAAACAAAGACGAAGUGAGGACGGUUCUAACCGAGGAGAGCUGGAUGUGUACCGAACUUCCCGCUUUUCAGCUCGGUAACCGGGAGCAGAAAAGAAAGCCUGCUGGAAAACUUCAGGAAAAACCUGCUGGAAACUGAGGAAGAAAAGGUGCAACACGAGCUGACGAUGUGGCAAAGAUCCUGACUUCAGUACCAAUGGAGGGAGAGAAGGAGCGAUGGAGGCAGCAGGGGGAGGAGAAGGAGAGCAACGAGGCCGAGGACAAGAGGAGUGAUGAUGAGGCUGGCGAUGAAGAGGAGGAUGAAGGUUCUGACGGGGCGGUUUGGAAGGAAGGCUGCGACCAGGACAACCUGGGACUUCCCAUCAUGCACUGGGAGGCUCUGAGCCUCCGCAUUGCUGAACUGGAGAAGCAGGAAGAGGAGAAGAAGGCAAAGGGUGGAGCUCCUGUAGAGAAGGGCAGAAACCCAGUUAUCAGGACGGAGGACCGAGGGAUGAGAACAGAGAGCUGGGAGGAUGGCAACGACGCCUGCAACAGCCACGUCCUGGCAAUCACCUCCCGCCUCCAGACUCAGAUGAAUCUCCAGCUCUGCUUCAUCAACAACAGUGAAAGUGAGGAGGAGGACGAUGAGGAGAAGAAAGGGGAAAGCAGUAACUCCUGGAGAACAACUGUUCAGGCUCAGAAGAACCAUCAGCAUCCUGCCGAGGCCGAGGUGCCAAAACCUAGAGGCUUCAGGGAUGCUCUGAGGAAUCUCCGAGACCGGCUGAGAGGGGACCAAAAAGCUGUGACUGCAGCUCGUAGACAACCUGUGAUCCUGAGGAAACAUCUGGAUUUCAGGGAUCUGCAGAACUUCAGUGUGGAGGACCUGAGUGGACUCUGUUCAUCUCUCAGCCAGACCAUACAAGACCUGAGCUCGGAGCUGGUGAGUCGACUCCACAUCAGAGAUCAGCUGAGGACGGAGCAGGACGCCAUGCUGCUGGAAGUCCAGGACCUUACGUCACUGUGAAGUCUCCUCUUGACCCAGCUGAGGUUCACCAAAACUUCUCAACCAGGGCAGAACAUAAAGCUUGUGAGCCUCCUUCUGACAGAUUUCAGACCUGGACACUGAGUGGGACGUUGGGUUUAGUUCUUAUCUGUGGUGAUUUCAGAUUAAAACUAGAACCACAUGUCACUGAGAACUGGCGUUCAGUUUUUCCACUUCCUGGUUCACAGAAAACACCUGUUGAUGAAAAUCCAUCACCUUUACUCUGAAGGUCCCAGCGUUGGGACUUAGGUCUUACCGUUGGUUCUGUGGUUCCUCUAUUGGGUCUAGGGUCCCACGGUUGGUUCUGUGGUUCCACUGUUGGAUCUGGGGUCUUGCUGUUGGUUCUGUGGUUCCGCCAUUGGGUCUGGGGUUUCGCUGUUGGUUCUGUGGUUCCGCUGUUGGGUCUGGGUUCUCGCCGUUGGUUCUGUGGUUCCACCGUUUGAUCUGGGUUCUCACUGUUGGUUCUGUGGUUACGCUGUUAGAUCUGGGAUUUUGCCAUCUGUUCUGUGGUUCUGCCGUUGGACCUGGGGUCUCGCCGUUGGUUCUGUGGUUCCGCCGUUGGAUCUGGGGUCUCGCCGUAGGUUCUGUGGUUCCGCCGUUGGGUCUGGGGUCUUGCUGUUGGUUCUGUGGUUCCGCUGUUGGGUCUGGGUUCUCACCGUUGGUUCUGUGAUUACGCUGUUAGAUCUGGGGUCUCGCUGUUGGUUCUGUGGUUUCGCCGUUGGAUCUGGGGUCUCGCCGUAGGUUCUGUGGUUCCGCUGUUGGGUCUGGGUUCUCACCGUUGGUUCUGUGGUUACGCUGUUAGAUCUGGGGUCUCGCCAUAGGUUCUGUGGUUCCACUGUUGGGUCUGGGUUCUCGCCGUUGGUUCUGUGGUUACGCUGUUAGAUCUGGGGUUUCGCCGUUUGUUCUGUGGUUCUGCCGUUGGAUCUGGGGUCUCGCCGUAGGUUCUGUGGUUCCACUGUUAGAUCUAGGAUUUCGCCGUCUGUUCUGUGGUUCCACCGUCGGAUAUGGGGUCUCACCGUUGGAUCUGGGGUUUGCCGUUGGUUCUGUGAUUCUGUCGUUGGGUGUUAACAUGGAUGUUUACGGAAGUCGGUACAUGUUUUAUUUCCUCCAACCACCGGGUCGGUCUGUAUAGCUGAACUUGACGUCUGAACAAAGAUGGAGUUUGGAUCUGGAAAUGGGAAAGUUCUUGGAUUUCUAUAAAAAGGCAGAGUUGUCAGCUGGAACAGAGGUUUAUGGUGAUCAUCUUGUUUUUGUUGUUGUUAAUAGUUCAUAAACAAACCAACAAGUGGUAGCUCUGCUGGACUAACCCUGUGUAUUUGCUAACCGAUGCAGUCCUCCCUCACUGUAAAGGAUUACGACAAAGUUUUCUCUGCAGAUGAAGAAAGAUGGCAGACAUGCUGAAGAAAACCUGUUUUUAUAAGAGUCAAUUUUUAGUAAAAAUCUUCCUGACAGUAAUUCAUCACCAGACAUUUAUGUUAUUCAAUGUAUAUACAGUUACAGUCUUUAUAUUAAUCUAAUAUUUGGUAUUUUUUUAUCUCAUUCUUUAAAAAUGUUGAUGCAUGUUUCAUAUGUACAGAAAAUAAAAUGAAAAGGGAUUCAG